AUGGAGCCGAAACAUUUGAACCCGAUUUUGCCUGAACAAGUUGUUGUUAGAUGGGAAUCAGUGAGGUGUGAGUCUUUGAUUGCUGGGUUGCAAAAGAAUUAUUGCCCCUUUAAGAAUUGCUCAGUUGUGAUGGUGGAUGAUGGGGGUGAAAAUGAAAUUGUGACCAGUGCUGAGUGCCAUUCUUGCCACAGGCUGUUCUGUGCUCAGUCAUCUCAUGAGGAUGCAGAACCUAAAGUUGGGAUGACAUUUAACUCUGAAGAUGAAGCUAACAGGUAUUACAAGAAUUAUGCUCGACUUAUGGGUUUUGGAGUUUGUAAAAUAAAUUCUAAAAAUGGAGAUGAUGGGAAAAAAUAUAUUACUAUAGGAUGUAGUAGAGCAAGGAAGUAUAAGAAUAAUUCGAAGAAUCUUUUGAAGCCAAAUCCUACUACAAAAACAGAAUGUAAGGCUAGAUUGAGUGCAUGUGUUAGUUCAGAUGGAACAGUUGUGGUUUCAAGAGUUAAUCUUGGGCAUAAUCAUGAUCUAAGCCCAACAAAAGCACGAUUUCUUAGGUGUAACAAGAAUUUGGAGCCUCGUAUAAAAAGGAGAUUGGAACUUAAUGAUCAAGUUGGGAUUAAUGUGAGUAGGAACUUUAGAGCCUUUGUUGUUGAAGCAAAUGGGUAUGACAAUCUUACAUUUGGAGAAAAAGAUUGUAGAAACUAUAUUGACAAGGUAAGACGCUUGCGGCUUGGGACAGGAGAUGCCCAAGCAAUUCAAAACUAUUUUGUUAGAAAACAGAAACAAAAUAGUCAAUUUUAUUAUGUCAUGGAUGUGGAUGAUGACAGCCAUUUACGAAAUGUAUUUUGGGCAGAUGCGAGAUCUAGGAUUGCGUAUGAAUAUUUUGGUGAAGUUAUCACAUUUGAUACCACUUAUUUGACAAAUAAGUAUGACAUGCCCUUCGCUCCUUUUGUUGGAGUAAAUCAUCAUGGCCAUUCUUUGUUGCUUGGUUGUGCUCUGCUAUCAAAUGAGGAUACUCAAACUUUUACUUGGUUGUUCUCAAGAUGGUUAGAAUGUAUGCAUGGACGUGCUCCCAAUGCUAUAAUUACUGAUCAAGAUAGAACAAUGAAAAAUGCAAUUGAGGCUGUUUUUCCAAAGGCUCGUCAUCGGUGGUGCUUGGGGCAUAUAAUGAAAAAGGUUCCAGAGAAGUUGGGCAGACACUCUAAUUAUGAGUCCAUCAAGAAGCUUCUGCAUGGUGCUGUAUACGAUUCUUUUAGCAGGUCUGAUUUCAUGGAAAGAUGGGAGAAAAUGAUUAAGGAUUAUGAGCUGCAUGAUAAUGAUUGGUUGAAAGGGUUGUUUGAUGAGAGAGAUCGUUGGGUUCCUGUGUUCUUGAGAGACACGUUUUGGGCUGGAAUGUCAACAACACAGCGGAGUGAAAGUAUGAACUCAUUUUUUGAUGGGUAUGUAAACUCGAAGACCACACUGAAGCAGUUUGUUGAACAAUAUGACAAUGCAUUGAGAGAUAAAAUCGAGAAGGAAAGCUUGGCUGAUUUUGGUUCAUUUAAUACAGAAAUAGCUUGUGUGAGUAUUUUUGGCUUUGAGUCUCAAUUCCAAAAAGCAUUUACCAAUGCAAAAUUCAAAGAAUUUCAAGUAGAGAUUGCUUCUAUGAUGUAUUGCAAUACUUUCUUUGAGAAAAUGGAUGGCUUGCAGUCAAUAUAUUCUGUUACAGAAACCAAGAAAGUAUUUGACAAAAUGAAAGAUAUAGUGUUCAAGAUAUCUUUCAAUGAGGAAGAUUGUCAAUUUCAAUGCACGUGCCUCUUAUUUGAGUUUAGAGGAAUUUUAUGCAGGCAUAUCCUUUCUGUGCUUAAGCUUACAGGCAAAACAGAUUCAGUUCCAUCUUGUUAUGUUUUGUCACGUUGGAGAAAGGAUAUAAAAAGGAAGCACACACUUGUCAAAUGUGGUUUUGAUAAUUUAGCUGGAAAUACUGAAUUGCAACGACUUAACAAAGCAUGUGACGCCUUUUAUGAAGCUGCUUCUGUGGGGAUAAAUACUGAUGAUGAUUUAGUAACAGUAAUGAAUUGGAUCAAUAGCUUAAAGAAUGAGUUAAGCUGCAAAGAAACACCUCCCGAAAUGAAUACAGCACCAAUUACAGAUCAAGACAACUCAAUUCAGGAAGAAGGUACUAAGAUUCUUGACCCUAAGGUAACUCGAGGUAAAGGGCAGCGUCCUCCUUCAAAAAGGAAGGCUUCUAAAGUUGAUCAAAUUGUAAACAAGAAGAUUGCAACAAAGAAAACGCAGGAAGGCAACCAAAAAAGCAAAAAUGUUCAAAGUCAAAACAAGGGCUCAAGUACAUCUAGUGUUCAUGUAAAUAAGAAUGAUGGAUUUAUAAGAUCUCAAAUUAUCAAUGAGAUUGGAACACAAGAGAGCAUUCAAGAUGGGCAAAGUUGCUUUUUGAGUGGCAAUGGUAUUAUAAAUCAUUUAGCUCCCUUCAAUCCAAAUCAAAAUCACAUUGGUCAAGUUCCAUAUUAUGCUCAAAUAGUAAACCGUGGUAUUGGCUAUUAUGAACUUGUACAGGGCCUGGUUGGCGAGGAUGAAUCAAACGCCGAGGGCGGGGUGGGAUCCCCGCCCCUUCCUGAGGAGACCCUCAUUGGCCAAGGUGCUCCUGAGAGCGCUGCUUCCAUUGCCCAUCAAUCAGUCCCUUCUUCGGACCAUGUAUCCCAACAAGUUGAGGAAAGCUCACCCCAAGCUUCCCCUGUUCAUCCAACGAGUUUCAGUGACGAGGAUCAAACUCCCAUCGCUUCACCACCUCUUCGCCAGUCUUCCCCAGCCGUCAGCCACCUGAACACUGACGGGAAGGAGAACCCCCCUUCAAACCAGCCACCUACCCUUGUCGACUUUAUGCUGUCUGAUCCUUUCUUUGUUAAUAUGAAAGGAGCUAAGAAUCCUGACCUUGAUGAAGUUGAAGAGCUCCGUCAGAAGGCUGAGAGUUAUCGUCUUGCCACGCUCGAAGCGUAUGGCGAGCGUGACAAGUUGUUGACUCAGGUGGCGGCCCAGGUAACUAAGCUAAACAACUUGGGUAUUGAGAUGCACGAUCGUGAGACUGAUUUAUCCACUUGCGAAAGGAGAGUGGAGGACAAGGUGGAUGACAUGCAGAAAGAGCUGGAGGCGAGGGCCGAGGCAAUUGCUGCGAGCAGGGCAGCUUGUGUCGCCAAAGACAAAGAGCUCGCGUCCUUGCGUAGUGAGUUGGCAUUGUCGAACGAGUCCCUCGCCGCGGUAAGGACCCAGCUGGAAGCAAAGGCCAAAGCUGCUGCGGAGGCGGAAAUCCGGGCGGCCUCCGAAGCCAAAACCCUUCGAGCAAGGUUAGAGGUCGAAGCCGCCGCUGAGGCUGUAGAAGAACGUGGCCGCGGUUUCUUCCUUGCUAAAGCCCAGGUCCAGUAUCUUUAUGAAGGAAUAGAUCUCAGCGGGAUGGGAGCCUUCAAGAAAGUCACCCCCGAGAGUUUAAUCGGCCCUGAUCAUCCCACAGGCUUCGACGCUGCAUACUUUGCGGCUGCUGCAAACACAAAAAGAGCAGAAAAUGUUAAUGCAGUCUGA